GGCGACGAUGGGGGAUAAGUCGGAGGUCCUAGAGGCCGUCCUCAAAGAAGCUGUUGAUUUGGAGAAUAUACCAAUUGAAGAGGUAUUUGAGAAUCUGAGAUGCAGUAGGGAGGGGCUCAGCAGCGAGGCUGCUCAGGAGAGGCUCACCAUUUUUGGACACAACAAGCUCGAAGAGAAGCAGGAGAGCAAGUUCUUUAAGUUCUUGGGGUUUAUGUGGAACCCUCUCUCAUGGGUCAUGGAGGCUGCUGCUAUUAUGGCCAUUGCCCUUGCCAAUGGAGGGGGGAAGCCUCCAGAUUGGCAAGACUUUGUAGGAAUCAUAACCUUGCUGGUGAUCAAUUCAACGAUCAGUUUCAUUGAGGAAAACAAUGCUGGCAACGCUGCGGCUGCCCUCAUGGCUCGUCUUGCUCCCAAAGCAAAGGUUUUGAGGGAUGGUCGGUGGAGUGAGGAGGAAGCAGCUGUUCUUGUCCCUGGAGACAUUAUCAGUAUCAAGCUUGGGGAUAUCGUCCCUGCUGAUGCCCGGCUGCUUGAGGGAGAUCCUUUGAAAAUUGAUCAGUCUGCCCUCACUGGAGAGUCUCUGCCUGUAACAAAAGGUCCUGGGGAUGGUGUGUAUUCUGGUUCAACCUGUAAACAGGGAGAAAUCGAAGCUAUUGUCAUUGCUACAGGUGUUCACACUUUCUUUGGCAAGGCAGCACAUCUUGUUGACUCCACGAACCAAGUUGGUCACUUCCAAAAGGUUUUGACUGCUAUCGGGAACUUUUGUAUAUGUUCAAUUGCGGUUGGAAUGUUUGUAGAGAUUAUAGUCAUGUAUCCAAUCCAACAUCGAGCCUAUCGUCCUGGAAUUGACAAUCUUUUGGUUCUUCUCAUUGGAGGGAUUCCAAUAGCUAUGCCCACUGUUUUAUCUGUUACAAUGGCAAUUGGAUCUCAUCGCUUAUCUCAGCAGGGAGCUAUAACAAAAAGGAUGACUGCUAUUGAAGAAAUGGCUGGAAUGGAUGUCCUUUGCAGUGACAAAACAGGAACCCUUACUCUGAACAAGUUAACAGUGGACAAGAACCUUGUUGAGGUUUUUGUAAAAGGCGUAAGCCAAGAUGCUGUUAUAUUAAUGGCUGGUAGGGCAUCAAGGGUUGAAAAUCAAGAUGCGAUCGAUACUGCUAUUGUUGGGAUGCUUGCUGACCCAAAAGAGGCUCGUGCUGGUAUUCAAGAGGUACAUUUUCUGCCGUUUAAUCCGACCGAUAAGAGAACUGCCCUAACCUAUGUUGACUCGGAUGGAAAAUGGCAUCGUGUCAGCAAAGGUGCUCCAGAACAGAUUUUAAAUCUUGCACACAAUAAGUCAGAGAUAGAGCGCAGGGUCCAUGCUGUGAUUGACAAGUUUGCAGAGCGUGGACUUCGAUCGCUUGCUGUAGCAUAUCAGGAAGUUCCAGAGCGAAGUAAAGACAGUCCGGGAGGUCCAUGGCAGUUUAUGGGUCUCAUGCCACUUUUUGACCCUCCAAGACAUGAUAGUGCAGAGACAAUCCGAAGGGCACUUAACCUUGGUGUCAAUGUCAAGAUGAUCACAGGUGAUCAACUUGCAAUAGGAAAGGAAACAGGCCGUCGUUUGGGAAUGGGCACAAACAUGUAUCCUUCUUCAGCUUUGUUGGGCCAGACGAAGGAUGAAUCAAUUGCAGCUUUGCCUGUAGAUGAUCUUAUAGAGAAAGCUGAUGGUUUUGCCGGUGUAUUUCCAGAACACAAGUAUGAGAUUGUCAAACGGUUGCAAGCAAGAAAGCAUAUUUGUGGUAUGACUGGUGAUGGUGUUAAUGAUGCUCCUGCACUCAAGAAGGCGGAUAUUGGGAUAGCAGUUGCAGAUGCUACCGAUGCUGCUCGCAGUGCUUCUGAUAUUGUUCUUACAGAACCGGGCCUGAGUGUUAUAAUAAGUGCUGUCCUAACCAGCCGUGCAAUUUUCCAGAGGAUGAAAAAUUAUACAAUUUAUGCAGUUUCUAUUACCAUCCGCAUAGUGCUUGGAUUCAUGCUUCUGGCUCUUAUAUGGAAGUUUGACUUUCCACCCUUCAUGGUCCUCAUCAUCGCCAUCCUCAAUGACGGUACUAUCAUGACAAUUUCAAAGGAUAGGGUGAAACCAUCUCCGUUACCUGACAGCUGGAAGCUUUCAGAAAUUUUUGCCACGGGGGUCAUUCUUGGUGGUUAUUUGGCCAUGAUGACGGUCAUUUUCUUCUGGGUUGCAUACCAAACUAACUUCUUCCCGCGUGUGUUCCAUGUGGAGAGCCUGGAGAAAACAGCUCAAGAUGACUUUCAGAAACUCGCCUCAGCAGUUUAUCUACAAGUGAGCACCAUUAGUCAGGCUCUUAUCUUCGUGACCCGAUCUCGUAGCUGGUCCUUUGUUGAGCGGCCUGGUCUCCUGCUCGUUGCAGCUUUCUUCAUUGCUCAAUUAGUGGCUACAUUGAUAGCGGUCUAUGCUGACUGGGGAUUUGCUGCCAUCAAAGGGAUUGGAUGGGGCUGGGCUGGCAUCAUCUGGCUGUACAAUCUCAUCUUCUACUUACCACUCGAUAUCAUCAAAUUCUUAAUCCGCUAUGCUCUCAGCGGGAGGGCAUGGGAUCUUGUCAUUGAACAAAGAAUUGCAUUCACGAGGCAGAAAGAUUUCGGGAAGGAAGCAAGAGAGCUCAAAUGGGCACAUGCACAGAGAACUCUUCAUGGACUUCAACCACCUGAUACCAAGAUGUUCAAUGAUAGAAGCAACUUCACCGAUCUCAAUCAGAUGGCUGAAGAGGCCAAGAGACGUGCAGAGAUCGCAAGGCUCAGAGAACUACACACACUAAAGGGCCAUGUGGAGUCUGUGGUAAGGCUCAAGGGUUUGGACAUUGACACAAUUCAGCAAUCCUACACUGUCUAAGUUCGAUACAGAUAUGAAGUAUUAAGGCCAUUCGGGUAGAUAGUAAGCUCACUUGUGGCUUGUGGAGCAUUAUUUUUCUAUAUAAUCUCUGGUUAGAAGCGAAAAUUGUUGUCCAAAAGCCACCUGUAAUCUUAUACAUGAGUUAUGAUUGUUUAUAUACUAGUCUUGUAGAAAGAAUUUGUUGGAUAUGCUUAUGUGACUAUGAGGGUUCACUUUGGCCAUUGAGAGGUCUGAAGCGCACCUGAUUUCUUUAUCCUUUCACAAAUUGCUUCGCCGAAGGCAAAAAGCUGUGAAUUUAGGAUGGUCAGGUGUUAUCAUGUAUGCGCUUAUAUUUGUUUUCAAACGUACACAGGAGUACACUGAUGACGAAUGCUUAGUGUUGAUUUGCUUUGAUAAUGGGACAAGUGAAGGAGGUAAUGAGCUCAUCAUGUUUACUGACA